AUGGCCGGCAACAUCUUCACGCACAUCCGUGGUAUCCUCAUAGUGACACCAUGGGUAAUAUUGCUGUUCUUCCAGGACCUUUUACUCUCACUGCUGCUGCUCAUCAAACCCUUCAACCCGAGCUUGGCCUACAAUCUUGCAUGUCCGAUCGUCUACUCAUGCUGGAUUAUGAUCCAGUGGUUUUUCACAUCGGUCAACGGAGCACACAUCACUAUCUCUGGCGAUCCUCUAGUGCCAGAUGAGUCGGCAGUCGUCCUCUGCAACCAUGUGGGAUGGUCGGACUUCUACAUGAUUCAAGCAUGUGCGAUCAAGGCCGGCAUGCUCGGCGGUACACGCUACUUUGCCAAGGCACAGUUGAAGAAGGUCCCUUUGCUGGGAUGGGGCAUGAUCGCGGCGGGGCUUGUGUCCUUCUCCGAGGGAACACGCUUCACGCCGAAGAAGUACGCAGAGUCGGUGGCAUGGUGCGACUCAACCGGCCGUCCGCAACCGCAACACCUGCUCUACCCACGGACUAGGGGCUUUAUCCAGACCGUGCAGCACCUGCGGCAGGCGCCGCAUGUCAAGGCAGUGUACGAUCUGACGAUUGUAUACCAGCAUGGUGACAAGUUCGGCGCCGCUCCGGAGUUCUGGUCGACGCUCAGCGUGCCUCAUCUCAGCGACGUCGAGGGCUACCGCUUCGAGGUCCACGUGCGCCGCUUCGCAAUGGAUACGUUGCCGCGUGAGGAUGCCGAGCUGGCGAGCUGGAUUGAGGCGCGGUGGUUGGAGAAGGGGCAGUGGCUAGAGCAAAAGCGAGUUGAAUGGAGUGGGAAGGAAAAAGGGGUCAAAUAA